AUGGGAAGAUCACCAUGUUUAGAUAAAGAGGGUUUGAAGAAAGGACCAUGGACACAUGAUGAAGACCAAAAGCUCUUGGCUUAUGUUGAGGAACAUGGCUAUGGUAGUUGGAGUGAUUUGCCACUUAGAGCAGGGCUUCAGAGAUGUGGAAGGAGUUGUAGACUGAGAUGGAUCAAUUAUUUAAGGCCUAAUAUCAAGAGAGGAAAGUUCAGCUCUGAGGAAGAAAGAACCAUCUUUCAACUUCAUGCUCUUCUUGGAAAUAGGUGGUCAGCAAUAGCAUCUCACUUACCAAACAGAAGUGAUAACGAGAUAAAGAACUACUGGAACACACGUUUGAAGAAGAGAUUAAUCAAUAUGGGCGUUGAUCCCAUGACUCAUCAACCAAAGAGAGAUGGUUCAGAUUAUAAGUCCAUUGCUAGCCUUAGACAUAUGGCUGAAUGGGAGACUGCUAGACUUGAAGCAGAGGCUAGGCUUGUCCGAAACAGAAGCACAUACAACAACAACAACGACGUCAAUAAUAAUAAUAAUCCUUAUCAUCGUCCUCUUAAUGAUUUGCAACGAAUCCCUUGUCUUGACAUACUAAAAGCUUGGCAAAUGUCGCGCACAAAUGUACUAACUAUAAAUGACAUUAGUGCAAUUCUUCUUGAUGGUUUUAUCACUAACACAAGGACAAAAAUAUGUGAUUCUACAACACGAUCUACGUUCAAUAAUAUCGAAGAAAAUGUAGAGGUUGGUGAAGACCUUUGCAUAUUUGAAGAUACAAUGAGAAAAGAUAAUGACAUCCAAACAGAAUUUUCCAUCAUUGAGGGUUUAGAUGAGCUUUUUCCAGAAUAUGGUUGUAGCCAAAACCCUGGAAACUACUCAAGUGAAGUACAAAUGGAUAGUGGCUUUGGAAAUUUUGUAGACAACAAGAGUACUAAUUGGAACAACAUUGCACAUUUGGUAAUGACUUCACCAAUUGGAUCUCCAUUAUUCUAA